AUGAGCACCGUGGCACAGGGAAGAGCCAUCCCGCCCAGGGUCCCAUGUAGAACCCCGCUCCAGGCUUUUGGAUUCCACACAGCUGUCCCAUCCUCCAGACCAGAGUAUGUCCUCUGCACCCUUCCACAAGAUCCUCAGACCCCUCCUGAUCGGCACCCCGCCACCAGCUGGCUGUCAGGUCCAGUGGAGUCCACCGUGUCCACCGAGCGGGUGAAGGGCCUGCUGUCCACACGCAGUGACAAGAAUGUGACCACAGUGCUGGUGUGGCUCUGGCCCUUCGGACAGACCUAUGACCUGGGUGCUUGCAGCUCCCUCUUCAGCAUCGAGGGCUGUCUCAUCACUGCUGAUCGGAACUUGUACAAUAAGUCAGAUGGAGUGGUCAUCCACCACCGCGACAUUGGCACAGACCUAUCCAACUUGCCCCCGAUGCAGAGGCCGUCCUUCCAGAAGUGGAUCUGGAUGAACCUGGAGUCCCCGUCACAUUCGUCCCAGCUGCCGGGAAUUGAGAACCUGUUCAACCUGACUCUGAACUACCGGCAGGACGCCGACAUCCAAGUGCCUUAUGGGUCCAUUGUGGCGGCUGAAGGGGAGGAGGAAUUUGUGCCUCCCAGUAAGAACAAACUCAUCUGCUGGAUUGUCAGCAACUGGAACCAGGACCAUGUGCGGGUCAAAUAUUACAACGAGCUGUACAAGCACAUCGAGGUGCAUGCCUACGGACAGGCCUUCGGAGAGUACAUCUCUGACCAGGACUACUUCCCCACCAUGGCCAGCUGUAAGUUCUACCUGUCCUUUGAGAAUUCCAUCCAUAAGGACUACAUCACAGAGAAGCUGUACAACCCCCUGUCCGUGGGCACAGUGCCUGUGGUGCUGGGACCCCCCAGACAGAACUAUGAAAACUUCAUCCAGGGAGACGCCUUCAUCCAUGUGGAUGACUUCAGCUCACCCAAAGAGCUAGCAGACUACCUGCUGCUGCUGGACAAGAAUGAGGAGAUGUACCUAAGGUACUUUGACUGGCGACAUCACUUUAAAGUGAAGAAGGCAUAUUUCUGGGCUGAGCACACGUGCCUGGCCUGUGACUACCUGCGCCGGCACAAGGAGUACAAGGCUGUCAAUAACCUGGACAAGUGGUACUGGGGGGGAUAG